AUGAUCGGUCUUACUUCAGACGUGAUGUCUGACUCUGUCAGCAUUAAAGACACAGCUGACAAAAAGCCUGUCAAGGCAACAACAACAAGAGAUUCAGGGAGCGUUGGCUCAGAUAAUGCAGGACCCGUGAAGGUUUGUCCUUCAAACGAUGUGGAGAACAGCCCAACAGAAAAACCUGCAAAAGGAAAGAAGAUGAAAGGAGCCUGUGCUGUCUUUCGGAGAGUAUGGAAGGCUGUAAAGCGUCCUUUCUUUUGCUGUGAUCCAAACCGAGUGGUGAAUAUUACACCACAGCCGGAUCAAGAUGAUUCAGAGCUGACGCCUGUCCCGAGUCCUCCCAGAAUCGCACCGACGGCCAACGCAGAUCCUGAGCCGAUGUGUCUGCCAGGCCAGGUCUGUGAAGAUGUCUGUGAAGAGUCGUCGUGUGUGCCAGGUCCCUCCAGGAGCGAGCAAAUACCUGACGUAGAAAUGGCCGAUUCCGAGUCAUCACCUGUGGCUGAUCCCUCCUGUUCUGAUCUGGGUGAUGAAAAGCUUAAAAAGUGGAGGAAGGGGAAAGCGGUCCGUGCGUUCUUCAGGAGAUUCCGUAAGGCUGUAAAGCACCUCCUCCUCUGCCGUGACUCGAAGAUUGUCCGGAGUUCGACACCACAGGUGGAUCCAGACAGUGAUGAGGACUUAGCAGAUUGUGCCAUUUCUUUUGAGCCUGAGCCAAGCUGUCAGACCGGUUCUGACCAGGCCUGUGAAGCUCUCCAGUCCCCCCCACCUGUGCAAGAGGCCAGUAGAGCACCUGUCUUUUUAUUGGGAGAUUUUCUAGGACGUGGAAAUUAUGGCAAGGUGUAUGAGGCAACCUACCUAUUUGGUGACAAAACGACGGUUGCCGUGAAGUACAUCCACAAGCGUCAGAGUGACCAUUAUCUUCACCUUGCUGGUCAUUCCAAACCCGUGCUUGCAGAAGUGGCGAUGUUGCUCAGGUUGGGAAAACCUCCAUUAUGCCCCAACGUCAUCAAAUUCCAUGAAUGGACUGAGGAAAAAAAUAGCGUCGUGCUCAUCAUGGAGUACCCUAAACCUUGCUGUACCUUGAAUGAGUACAUCAAGCGCACGAAGCCCAUCAAUGAAGAGAAAGCAUGCUUGUUAAUCCGCCAGUUAAUCCAAGCUUUGAAACACUGCGUCGACCGAAGGGUCUUCCACGGCGACAUCCACACGGGGAACAUCCUAGUGACUCCCACUACUUUGGAGCUCAAGCUAAUUGACUUUGGCCACGCUCAACUGAUCAACCACGGGGGCAAUCUCAGCAGUCAAUAUCGAGGACCAACGCUCUGCACCCCACCUGAGGUCAUGAGGGAUUCCACGUUCCACGCCGGCCCGGCGUAUGUCUGGGCUGUGGGCAUGAUUCUCUUCCGAAUCCUGCAUGGAUAUCUGCCCUUUAAAAGCAAAGACAAAAUACUGUGUAACUGCACUCCCGUCAUACAGACUUUAUCCCCAGGUAAACUCAACAGACCUCUUUACUCUCGGUGUAGCAAGUAA